GGCGCCCCUUCGGCCCACGAACCCGCGAGCACCGGGGUGCAGGUGUGGGCCCUGCGGUGGGGGAGACUUGCAGGGAGAGCCCCCACCUGUCCCCCAGGCUGUGCUGCUGCUGCGUGCCCUGGGCGCUGCCAGCGCCACCUGCAGCGACUGCGCCCACCAGAGUGGCCCCUUGAGCGAGGGUUGCCCAGCAGGACACUUCCUGCAGGGGCCCUGCGGCCCGCCCUGCGACAUCCCCACCUGCACUCCGUGUCAGCCUGGCACCUACAUGGACCAGGAGAACCACCGUUAUGAGCACUGUGUCCGCUGCCGGUUCUGUGAUGAGGAGGCCUUGCAGAUGACCGUGCAGAACUGCUCGGCGGUGGCCAACACCGUCUGUGACUGUAAGCCCGGCUUCUUCCGGGGCUGCUGGGACCAUCCCUGUAAGGACAUACAGGAGCAUCUCCUCUGCAGACCCUGCACGGACUGUGGGAGCCUGAACCGCCGCCCACCAGCAGCCUGUUCCCAAGGACAGGAGGAAUGUGGGGCCUGCCUGGACGGCUUCUACGAACACAAUAAGGAAUGCGUGUCCUGCCCCAAGAUCACCCUGAUCACCCCGGGGAGCUGUCCCAAACCCUGUGCGGCAGUGUGUGGCUGGAGACCGAUGUUCUGGGUCCAGGUGCUCCUGGCAGCACUGGUGGUCGCACUCCUUCUCGGUGCCACCUUGAUCUACACGUCCCGUCGCCGCCAGGCCGCCCGCCCUGUGGUGUCUGCAGAGGAAGCGCGGACGGAGACUCUGCUGCCCCUCCAGGACAGUGCCCACACCCUCCUGAAGCUCCCCAACAGCCGCCUGGCAGCCAACAACUGGAAUUCUGGCCCCCUCCAGACCCAGGAGGCGCCUUGCCCUGCCGUCCCUUGGGUCAAGGACUGGCUGCCCAGCCCGCCUCUCCGCCAUCCGUCCACGCCACCGCGGCCGCCUAUGCCCGCUGCAGGCCGGGAGGUCGUGCUCCAGCCGGGCCCGCAGCUAUAUGACGUGAUCGACGCGGUGCCCGCGCGGCGCUGGAAGGAGUUUGUGCGCACGCUGGGGCUGCGCGAGGCGGAGAUCGAGGCGGUGGAGGUGGAGGUGGACCGCUUCCGUGACCAGCAGUAUGAGAUGCUCAAGCGCUGGCGGCAGCAGGAGUCGGCGGGGCUGGGCGCCGUGUACCGGGCGCUGGAGCGCAUGGGGCUGGACGGCUGCGCCGAGGACCUGCGCGGACGCUUGCAGCGCGGCGCGUGACGCGGGUGCCGGGGCGCGGCCCUGGCAGAGCCUUAAGUACAGUUACUUAUGCACGUAGACAUGU